AAAGGCCCAAACCUACCUAGGGUUUGCAUCCGCUCAAAAAAAGAAAAAGGGUUCGCAUCUCGUCGCCUCCGCUGCCGUCCCGGCUCCUCCCUCCUCCCGCCCGUUCCGCGACGUUCCCGCCACGCCCGACCUUGCCAUUCCGCCGAUCGGCUGCGCGCCUCGCCCCGGGCCUCGGCCGCCGACCUCCCUCUGCCCAGGACUGCAUCUGCUGCUCCCCUGCCGGACUCCGCCACGGCCGCUGUGCUGCCAAGGUUACGAUGGCUUCAUUCGGUCGCUUCAUUCAAAAUGUUACACGAGGAGCAAGACUUGCACGUUCUGGUGUGCCCAUCACUACAGGCAUGUGCUGUGGCCAUCGAGCUUACUCUCUUCUGUCAGAAUCUCAAUUCUCAGCUCACCGGGGCAGAAGAUUCUCUAAAGUUAUCUCUCUGCCAAUAACUAUUGCUCGCCAUCUCCAUGGUAGUACAAACACUAAGUUGGAAACCCCUGUCAGUUAUGUGAGUUCAAAAUCCUCGAAGAUAGAAAUUAAUGUUAAAGUGGAUGGGGGACUGCUGCUGGAGGAUCCAGAGGGUUAUAUCAAUUUAUGGAAGUUGUUUGAUCAAUACAAAGUUCUGUGUUUUGAACCUACAGACUCAAGCAAUACCAAGCUAUGCUUUACUUCCUUUGCAGUUGACAUACUAAAGGAACUGUACAUGAUAGUCCUAAAGGAAGGGCAAGGUGCCGAUUUCCUGUUUAAAUUUGAGGCAUCACAGAUCCUUGUUAAGUGGGAUUCUGGCAUUGUUGAACAUAUUGCUAUACCUGCAUCACAAUUCCAAAGUGAAUUGUUGGCGCAUUUACAGGCUUGGUGUAUUCAAUCUGUGGCACGGUGAUUGGUCUCAACUGCAAUGAACUACUUCAUUUGAUGUUGCUUGCGCAAAACAAAAGGUGAAGUUUUAUGUUUUUUCUCUUUUUGUCUCAUAAAACUGAGUGAGCACAUCACACACUCCUAAGCUCUAGGCACAAGCUACCUUGAAGCUGAAACACAAAACAGGAACCACAAGCAGUUUUCUAGGCAUGCAGUGCAUGGUUUGAUGAAGUAAAACCUACCUUCCAUAAAAACAGAUUGAGCAUCAGAGACUCGUCUAUCAGCUUUGUUAUUCAAGACUUUUUGAAAGGCACAUUUAAAAGACAAAUGGGUCUACACAUUUAGAUUUUGUCAGCCCCCUGUCCUUCAGACAGGGGCACUGCAAUCCCGCAGUUAAGCCUACAAAGCUGGAGCUUACCUUCAUAAUAUCAUUGAAAGGCUUCAGGAAAUCAUGCUCAAUUAAGUACUACCAUUUUUUGUUGUUGAGAAAACUCCACAGAGAACCCAUGAGGGCCUGGUGCUCGAUGUGCUCUAUAGAUAAUUCUUUGUCCCUGUUGGACAGAACUUCAGGAAGGGUCAGAAAGAGAAACAAGCAGCAGCACGGGUCCAAACAACUCUUUAUUGUACUUAGUAGCAUAAUUCAAAAUGUUCUUAUCCCCCUUACAUCACCCCUCACCCCCACCCCGCACCCCAAUUGUACAGAUCACGACGGUGCUUCGGAGAUGGAGAUCACAAGCACAAGAUGAUGAUGGCCAUAUCAUAUCACUUAUAUUGGUUGCAUGUGAUGUUUAUCCUUUAUGCAUCUUAUCUUGCUUUAAUUGACGUUAGCAUUUUAAGAUGAUCUCUCACUAAUUAUCAAGAAGUGU